GUCAUUCAUAUGACCUAGAGCAUGCAGAGUAUUAUUUAAUUAUGACGGAGGAAUCGCAGCGAUGAUAAACAGAGAAAUUGAAUUGAUCGAGAUUUUCUUUCAUGUUUUUAAAUAAGCAAAUAAUGCCAGAAUAAUUACCGGAUUUUCUGCCAAAGGCAGGCAAAGCAAUUGACCUCACCGCACCCGGGUUCUUGUCCCGGCGUUCUGCUGCCAGCUGCUGCUGUGCUAGCUUCCAAUGCGCGGACGCCGCACACGCUAUCCAUGAAUCCAUCCAUCCGUCUUGAAAAGCGGCAGCGUGAUCUGUAAAAAACAGCGGGUAAAAUCAGUCGGAUUUGGAGGAGUCGAAUAAACAAGGAAACUCCUCCCGGCCCAAAAAGCACUUCACUUGCAACAGUCCCCGUCAGGGAGGGAGCAUUGCUGUGCGGGAUGGCGAUAAGGAAGAGCGGAGGCGGUGGCGGGGUGGGGGAUGUGGCGCGGCGGCUGCUGCUUCUGGCCUGCUGCUGCAUUUGGCCUGGUGGACGGAUCUUCACUGCUGCGGACACUGACCCCAACGAUCUUAAUGUCCUCAAUACGCUCUUCACCAGUCUGAAUUCUCCUGGGCAGCUCAGAGCUUGGCAGGCGAAUGGCGGUGAUCCUUGUGGCCAGUCAUGGCAGGGCAUUACUUGCUCAGGAUCAGGGGUCACUAAAAUCCUAUUACCAAACUUGUCACUCACCGGAAAUCUGGCCUACAACAUGAAUAACUUGGGUUCAUUAGUUGAGCUUGACUUGAGCCAAAAUAACCUUGGUGGUGGAGGCCAAAUACAGUACAAUCUUCCCAAUGUGAAGCUUGAGAAACUCAAUCUUGCAGGAAAUCAAUUUGGUGGAAAUUUACCCUACUCAAUUUCGACGAUGCCUAAUCUUAAGUAUUUAAACCUUAAUCAUAACCAACUACAAGGAAACAUCACUGAUGUAUUUUCCAACCUUUAUAGUUUGUCAGAGCUGGAUCUCUCCUUUAAUUCUCUUACUGGUGAUCUACCACAAAGUUUCACUGGAUUGUCAAGCCUGAAAAGAAUGUAUUUGCAGAACAACCAAUUUACUGGUUAUAUCAAUGUCUUAGCCAACCUUCCCCUUGAAACCCUGAAUGUUGGAAACAACCAUUUCACUGGUUGGAUUCCCAGUCAGCUUAAGAAGAUAAACAAUCUACAGACCGACGGAAAUUCUUGGAGCACAGGACCAGCGCCACCUCCACCUCCAUAUACAGCGCCUCCUCCUCCAAACCAUUGGAAUGGCGCGGGUCAGAAUGAUGAUGGUUCAUCAAGUUCUGGUGGAAGACCUGGGAUAGGUGGUGGAGGUGUAGCAGGAAUCAUUAUAUCAUUGCUGAUUGUUGGAUCAGUUGUUGCAUUUUUUCUAAUCAAAAGAAGAAAACACAAAGCUAUUAUGGAAGAACAAUUUGAACAGCAUCAGCCGUUCACUUCCUUCCCUUCAAAUGAAGUUAACGACAUGAAGCCUAUCUAUGAGUCCACCACAGUAGACAUAGAGUCUUUGGCUUCACCUGCUUCGAUUAAUCUGAAACCACCCCCGAAGAUAGAACAGAACAAAUCAUUUGAUGAUGAUGAUGAUUUUUCAAACAAGACUGCUGCAAAUAGAAGUAAUAUAACACCUAUGAAGGCAACUGUUUAUUCAGUUGCAGAUCUACAGAUGGCAACAGAUAGCUUCAGCUUCGAUAACCUUGUUGGAGAGGGUACUUUUGGACGUGUUUACAGGGCACAGUUCAAUGGUGGAAAGGUUCUGGCCAUCAAGAAAUUAGACAUUACUGUGAUGCCAUUUCAAUCGUCUGAUGACUUUGCUGAACUGGUCUCGAACAUUUCAAAAUUGCACCAUCCGAAUCUGAAUGAGCUUGUAGGCUAUUGCAUGGAACAUGGCCAGCACUUGCUUGUGUAUGAUUUCCAUAGGAAUGGAUCGCUUCAUGAUCUACUCCACCUUUCAGAUGAGUACAGCAAGGCACUUAGCUGGAACUCUCGCAUCAAGAUCGCACUCGGCUCUGCCCGUGCACUGGAGUACCUUCAUGAAAUAUGUUCUCCAUCCAUCAUCCAUAAGAAUUUCAAGGCAUCAAAUAUUUUGCUGGACUCAGAAUUCAAUCCACACCUUUCAGAUACUGGACUUGCAAGCUUCAUUCCUGAUGCUGAAUUCCAGGCAGCAGAACAAAGUGCCGGAUACACUGCCCCAGAAGUGGACAUGACCGGUCAGUACACCCUCAAGAGUGAUGUUUACAGCUUUGGAGUUGUCAUGCUUGAGCUACUGACAGGACGUAGACCAUUUGACAGCUCUAGACCCAGGUCAGAGCAGUCACUUGUGCGGUGGGCAGCACCUCAGCUGCAUGACAUCGAUGCAUUGGACAGAAUGGUCGAUCCUGCACUCAAGGGUCUAUACCCAGCCAAAUCUCUAUCCCGAUUUGCUGAUGUCCUCGCCCUGUGUGUCCAGCCUGAACCAGAAUUCAGGCCACCAAUGUCAGAGGUGGUGCAAGCAUUGGUUCGACUUGUGCAGAGGGCCAACAUGACGAAGAGGAUGCUUGAUGGAGGAGAUACUUCUCGUGGACCAGAUGAUCAGGACCAAUAUUUCAUAUGACAAGCUGAACUCGAGCUUUUCAGCUACCUCUCAGAUUGUAUUUAUCUCGUCUCGUUCCACUAGCGCCCGGCAGAGACAUAAUCACACAAGUGGAAGAAACAGAACUUUGUCAGCUUCGCCAGUACUUGGUAGCAAAUGAGUUGUGCUCUAUGGUUGAUGGUUGUAUUGUGUCUAGGAAACAGUAUCUUGAUCUUGCACUAAUGACAUUCUGUUAUAUUCUUUGGGUAGAUUAUAUGCAAAUGCCCCGGAUAAAUAAAACUAUGGUGUCAAGUUUGCGGAAUGUUAAAAGAAUCAAUUACUCCAGUCCUGCUGCAUAAACUGAAACAUGUUGCAUGGUGGAAUAGUCAUUUGUCCUAUCAUCUGACGCUUGUUUUCGUCCUUGAACUUUCAAAACGACUAUUUUAAAUGGAAGUCUUUUAAAACCACCAUUCAGAUUCCCUAAGCAUGCUGCUGGCUGUCAGUCCGAAGACCGAACCAAACGGAUAAAUUUAACUGACUAGUCUUUGUAUUUAGUUGAUAUCUUCAAGCUUCUUGUACCUCAAGAGUGGAGUGAAAUUACUUAUUUCAAGAAGCUUGAGAAGUUGGUGGGAGUUCCUGUUAUCAAUGUCCAUAUAUGGUUUGUUGAUUAAAAUAUUUGGUUCUGAAUUGGGAACGACUUGAUUCCCUUGUCUGGUUAUGCUUGUUCCUUGAGACAUUUCUGAAGCUUUGCUGAGAGUUUCUGUUGUUUUGAAUACCUCAGGUUUGACAGAAAACUGAAAAACACAUAUGGCCACCUUCUUUUCAGCAGGAGUUCACUUUUAAGUGUCUAUGCAGACAUGUCAGUAACCUGUAAGGUACUAAGGCAUCUUGGUUUUGGAUAAGUUUGGAGGGACAUCAUUUGUGGGCUUCUAUCUUCGUCUAGCACUCAGGUGCUUCUGAAUGGCAUUCCGGGAGUACCUAUUGAGCAUAGGAGAGGACUCGGACAACGGGAUCCUCUCUCCCCCAUGCCUGUUAUUGUAGUAAUAGAUGUUCUUGGCCUGCUGUUUUCUAGGGCUGAACAUGCAGGACUGCUCACAGGUCUCUCCUAGAAUCCAUCUCCAUCGGGUAUCUAUUUAUGCAGACGAUGUGGCGCUCUUCUUGCAUCCAUCUGCUGCGGAUAUUACUAUUACUCUAGAUAUCUUACUUCUUACAUAUUUUUGGUGAAGCUUCAGGUCUCCGCAACAACGAACAAAAGUCUAAUGUUUAUCCCAUUCAAUGUGGGCAUGAGGAGUUGGAAGUGGUUCAGGGCCUCCUCCCAUGUGACAUCUCAGCUCUUCCUUGUAGAUACCUGAGACUGUCGUUGUCCUUGAAAAAUCUCACCAAGGAUCAGUUGCAGCCUAUUGUGGAUAGAAUUGUUGAUCGACUCCUAGGAUGGAAAGCAGAUUUGAUGACAAGGGCUGGUAGAAAAGUGCAAGUACAAUAUGUGCUUACUGGAAUGCUUAUAUAUCUCGUUAUGGCGAUAAAUAUCCCCUCUUGGACUAUCAAGGCUAUUGAAAAAAUUAGAAAAUGUUUCUUAGGGAGGGGGCGCAAGGAGGUCAAAGGAGGGAAUUGCCUGGUUGCUUGGGGCAGAGUUUGUAGACCUCUCCAGCUGGGCGGUCUUGGCAUUUGUAGUCUUAAGAAGCUCAGUUGGGCCCUGCGCAUGCGGUGGCUAUGGCUCCAAAAGACCGAGCCUAGCAGACCCUAGUGCAGCCUACCAAUCUAGGUGCCGGACAAAGCAAGGGCUUUCUUCUCGGUGGUGUUGAUUUCAAAAGUUGGUAAUGGGGCAAAUACUUUGUUUUGGAUUGAUAAAUGGGUUCAUGGAUAGAAAAUUGCAAAUCUAGUACCUAGAUUAUUUGUAGUCAUUCCGAAAAGAAUCACUAACAGAAGAACGGUUUAGGAGGGCGUUGACAAAUAGAAGAUGGAUUUCAGAUAUCAUAGGAACUCUUUCUGUGGUGGUCUUAGUGGAUCAUCUUCAUCUCUGGAAUCAGAUUUUAGAUUUUGAGCUAUUACUAGAUGUGGAAGAUAAGCAUAUAUUCAGUAUUGCUGCUAAUGGGGCUUAUUCGGCUAAGGCUGCAUAUGAAGUGUUGUUCCCUAGGUCUGUUCAUUUCAGUCACUAUAAAAGAGUUUGAAAAACUUAGGCCCACUCCAAAUGCCACUUCUUCCUUUGGCUGACGGCAUGCUUAUCAAGGCGUCGCCUUAGCGUCGCUUUAGCGCUAAGGCUCGCGCAGAAAGCAGAGUGUCUAGCUUGCCUUGCCACGAUGCGUAAGGCGUCCGCCCCGUCCUAAGGCGUCGGCGAGGUGUUGGCGAGGCGACGCCUUAGGGGUAGAUAGGGUUUUGAGUGGGGGUUUCAGUUAGGUGGACGCACGUGUACACAUCGGUUCGGGUCAGAGCUUGAGGCGGCGGCGGCUGGGAACGUCUUUGCUAGUAGUGGCGUCCUUCCUCAACUCCGGCGGCGCGUGGGUGUGCUCCUCCCUUAGCUCCGGCGGCGUGUGGGCGUGGAGCAGCUGCGCUCACGGCGGCACGCCAGCGAGCUCCCUCAGCCCUCUCUUUAUGAUCCUAUGGCUGAUCCGAAGUGGAGAGCAAAGUCCAAUGAUCCCGGAUGGAAGUAUGGGUAUUGGACAGAAAUUGGGAACCGAGAUAAGGUCACAUGCAACCUUUGCAAGACCGUGACAACCGGAGGAAUCAAAAGGUUGAAAGAACACCUUGCGGGUGGUUUUGCGGAUACAUUAAUGUGUUCUAAGACAACAACAGAGAUUAGAAAAGAAAUGUAAGCAUAUUUGGACAAGAAUAAGAGAUGCAGACCUAUUUUUCUUGAUGAGGAUGAUGGUCAUGAGCAGCAGGAGCAGCAGGAUACUACUUAUGUACAUCAACCUAGCUUGGGGACAGCCGCUAAAAGGAAGAGAGCUGCAUUUCAAUUUAGAACAGCAGCUCCACAACCAUCCAACAUGGAAAAAGAAAAAAGAAAGGUUGCAACCAUGCUUCGGAGAACUCCCAAACAAGUUGUGGAUGACAGGCGUUCCUCAGGGUCACACCAAACCACCAUAGAGGCUGCACUGAAGCCAAAGGCUGACAGGGAAUAUGUGAAUGAGCAAUGGGCACUGUGGUUCUAUGAGUGUGGCAUUAUGCCAUCAGUUCUUGACAAUUUCAGGUUGCUUGUGAAGCUACUGCACAAUAUGGUUCCGGUUAUGUGCCUCCUAGUUUCCAUGAUUUGAGGGAGCCUUUGCUUAAUUCAUGUGUGAAGAGGACAAACAACAUGAGAGCUGAGCAUGAGAUAGCAUGGAACAACUAUGGCUGCACUCUAAUGUCUGAUGGAUGGAAUGAUAGAAGGGGUCGUCAGCUAAUCAACUUCCUUGAUCGCAGCCCAGAAGGUACUUAUUUCAUGGAAUCUGUUGAUGCAUCAAAUGUACAACAUAAUGCAUAUAUGCUAGCUGAUUUGCUUCAGGAGAGAAUUGAUAAGAUUGGAAGAGAUAAGGUUGUUCAACUAGUCACUGAUAAUGGUGCUAAUUAUAUGGCAGCGGACAGGAUUCUAAUGGACUGGAUUCCAACAUUAUUUUGGACACCUUGUGCUGCACAUUGUUUGGAUCUCAUGUUGGAAGAUAUUGGCAAAUUGAAAGACUUCAAGAAACCUAUUGCAUAUGCCAAAAGGGUGACCACUUUUAUUUAUAGACAUGGAAGAAUUUUAAGUGCAAUGAGGGAGAAGACAAGUGGGAUGGAUCUGGUAAGACCAGCAGCAACUCGAUUUGCCACAUACUUCCUUACAUUGAAGAGCUUACACAAACAUUGAUAUGCCUUGAGAGCUCUCUUUUCAAGUGAUGAAUGGAAGAACAACAAAUUAGCGAAGACAGAGGCAGGCAAGAGUGUGUACAACAUUGUUCUAUCUAAGGCGUUUUGGACUACAGUUGAAGAUUGCCUUAGAGCUUCGGCGCCACUUCUUAUUGUGCUUAGGGCUGUUGAUGGUGAUGAAAAACCAGCCAUGCCAGAAGUUGCUGCACUCAUGAAUGUUGUAAUAGAGAAGAUAAGGCUUAGCUUUCCUACCCAAAACAAGCAGACAUUGUUGAAAAAAAUCAUGGACAUCAUUGAGCGCCGGUGGGUGACACAAAUGGACCAUCCAUUAUAUGGAGCUGCACUCUAUUUGAACCCGAGAAAGUUUUUUCCAUCCGAAAGAAGGGGGAUUCUAGAUAUGUUGCAGAGCUAAGGAGUUGUUUCAAUGAUGUACUAGCAAGAAUGGAGCCCGAUGAAGAGAUUAGGUCCAAGAUUGAUGAGUAUGACAUGCAUCAUGAAGACCAAAGAGGACCUAUCUUUUCUAACAAGCUGGCACUCGAAAAUAUUCAAUCAAAAAGCCCUCGCAUUUGAACUACAAAGAUUUGUGAUGCGUGUGGUUAGCCUUUGUGCUUCAUCAUCGGGUUGUGAAUGGAUUUGGAGUACAUUUGAAUUUAUGCAUACAAAGAAGAGAAAUCGGUUGUUGCGCAAGAGGUUGAAUGACUUGGUCUUAUCUGCCUAUUUCAUGGGAACUCAACCCACCAAAUGGUCAUGUUGGAGACACCCGCUGUGCCUGUGCGGCUGUGGUCCUUUGGCAAAUCCUUAGAGUUGAAUUGUGACGGCAGUUGAUAUCCUUAGACCUUCGGGAAAGCAAAAAGCGAUAAAGAGAUCGCAGAUGGAUAUUGUGCUGUAGCACUUUCAGAUGGUGGUUCGUGUCAGUCGAUUAAUCCACUCCCACAUGAGAAGAAUUGUAUAUUGUGCUCCCUGAACUCUAUCAGGAGAGCUGCUGUAGCAGUCACUGGACAUCGAUAAUCUCGAAGAUACUGUUGCUAGUCUGUACUGGUACUGCACAGGAGUGUUUGUUAUCUGGCCAUCCAGUCCAGCAAGCUGGAUGUGUGCGUAUGUUACAUCUGUCUGCCUGAACCAGGUGGUGUAAAAAUAGGCCAAGAAAGCAUCGGAAUG